CUGAGAGCCGAAGACGCCGAACAGCGAGUGCUUGGAGAAUACAUGGCCAUGUCUGAGAUAUACAACACAUUACCGAGCAUCGCACCACAACCGCGUGGGUACGGGAAAUGCAAGGACGAGAACGCAUACUUCUUUAUCUGCGACUAUCUUCCAAUCAACCACGAGCUCCCAAACCCGGAGCGCCUGGGCAAGAAGCUAGCCGAGUUGCACAAAAUGAGUCAGUCUCCAACGGGUAAAUUCGGCUUCCACUGCACUACCUUCGAUGGGAAGCUUCCUCUCAACACGACAUGGGACAGCAACUGGACGUCUUUCUUCACAAGACUUGUUCGUGACGUCUAUAAACUCGAUGUCGAAGUGAACGGUUUUUGGAAAGAGCUGGACGAUGCCAUGCAGGUUACCUUUGACAAGCUGAUUCCUCGACUGCUGGAUCCGCUCACAGCCAACGGCCGGACCAUCAAGCCAUGCCUGAUUCACGGGGACCUCUGGGAAUCGAAUAUUGGCACGGACCAGCGGACGGGAGAGGUAUAUAUCUUCGAUGCCUGCUCGUACUACGCUCACAACGAGAAAGAGAUUGCUAUCUGGAGGUGCGAGCAUCACAACAUGACGGAGGAGGCAUACCGUCUUGAAUACCUCGAAAACUUCCCGAAGAGCGAGCCCACCAACGAGUUUGAGGACAGAGGUCGAUUGUACGCAGUCGAGACGUUGCUCAUCAAUUCGGCGCAUUUUCCUGGGUCCGUGACGCGGCAGCGGGCUUUGAACGAGCUGAAUUACCUCAUCAAUAAGUACGUCUCCUGAGAGCUUAUCAGGGACAGUUGAAGGGCGGUCUGAAGGCAAUUGAUCCUACUCCAUCAGUGCUUGUACGUUCUUUUGCUGCCGGCCGCGAUUAUGUAGGUAGAAUCUCGACAUCAAACAGAUUUUCUGAAGUAAUGGCCACAUGUGGAAACGGGCCAUUGUUGUUACAUGCUCUAGACAUUACUACGGGCUGUGAAGCUGCGAGGCCUCCAUCAUGAUGGGUCCUAGC